CUGGGCGAGCGAGGGGGCGGGCGGCGGCGGCGCCUCGGCCCGCGGGACGGCGGCGGCGCGGGGAGCGGUGCCCGGCGCGGGGCAGGACGCGGCGGACGCCUUCCCGCCCAGAGCGAGUUGGAGAUGGUGGACCAUCUUGCAAACACUGAGAUCAACAGCCAGCGAAUUGCUGCCGUGGAAAACUGCUUUGGAGCGUCUGGGCAGCCCUUAGCUGUGCCAGGAAGGGUCCUUUUAGGGGAAGGGAUUUUAACCAAAGAAUGCCGCAAGAAACCCAAGCCUCGCAUAUUCUUCCUUUUCAACGACAUCCUCGUGUAUGGGAGCAUAGUGAUCAACAAAAGGAAGUAUAAUUCCCAGCACAUCAUUCCCCUUGAAGACGUCACUUUGGAGACGCUGCCAGACACCUUGCAGAUGAAGAACCGCUGGAUGAUUAAAACCUCAAAGAAGUCCUUCGUGGUUUCUGCAGCCUCCCUCACAGAGCGGAAAGAGUGGAUCAGCCAUCUGGAGGAGUGCAUCAGACACCUGCUGACAAAGACAGGCAGGCAGCCCUCUACUGAGCACGCUGCCCCUUGGAUCCCGGACAAGGCAACAGACAUCUGCAUGCGCUGCACCCAGACCAAGUUCUCCACGCUCACGCGAAGGCACCACUGCCGCAAGUGUGGCUUUGUCGUGUGCGGAGACUGCUCCAGGCAGAGGUUUUUGAUGCCGCGGCUGUCCCCCAAGCCCCUGAGGGUCUGCAACCUGUGCUACAGACAGCUGCUGGCAGAAAAGAAGAAGGAAGCGGAGGCUGAUCUCAGGCAGCCAGAGCAGUUCCACGCUGCCAUGCCAGGCUACGAACCUUCUAGUGGCGACGACAGUGACAAAUCUGAUGACGACAAAGUGGACCAGUGGCCAGCAGACACAGAGUUUUAUACCUCAGAAGUAUCUUGGUCAUCUUUCCAUAGCUGACCUUGGGAGUAAGUGGCAUUUGAAAACUGGGAAGCCAACUUCUGGCCUCCAAUGCAUGUCCUUCUUGAUACCUUCUCUGGAGGCCAUGCCUAGGAAGGUGGAUAUUGGCCUCUGUUUGUGCUGUCUAUUUGGGGGACAGGGGUGGGAGGUUGCCCCGAGUAAUUCUGAGCAUUUGUGUCACAUUACACAAGCAGGGAGAAAAACAGCUUAGUGAAGAGCGCAGACUAAGGUAGAGGAGACCUGCAGAUCAAUGCUGGUCCAAGUGAGUUCACCCUUUUGUGCCUUAGUUUUUGUGUCUGCAAAAAUGAAGCAAUACUAACUUCUUUUCUUAAAUGUUUUGAGAUCCACAAUUGGAAGGAAAAGGAGCAGGAAAUCAUUCAUUUAAAUAUGUUUGUCUGCUAGGGAUGAGUUCAUCUUUCUGAGGCUAGAGGACCUCCAGAUGGGGCACUGCAGAAACCUGGUGCUUUAGCUGCCUGUGGUCUGUUUUCUCUGUGGAGAACAGAGAACACCCAGGGCUGGCAUUUUCCAUAAGCAUUAAAUCUACUUUAAAAGAUUCUCAUUGAAAGUGUGCAAGCCCAGCUGGACAGCUUCUCAUCUCUGUAUGGCUGGACAGGAGCAGCGUUAGCAAAGCACUAGAGCAUUCAGCUCUCACAUGGAAAGAAGUCAUUUUGGUGAUAUCAGGCAAGCAGGGAGGGAGGCGGAGAGGAGAAGAGGGUGGGUAAGGUUUUAUAAAGAGGAAUGAGGUAAGGAAGAAGCUUCCUGAAGUUGACUCAACUAAGUGCCAAGCCUCAGAUCUCUAAAUAGGUGGAUUCACCAGAUUACCAAAGGCUUGAUUAACUCAAGUCUAUCAGGUAAAAGAGUAGCCCAGGGAGGAGUUGCUAAAAGUCUUGACAGAAGAUCCAGAAAAUGCCCUAAAUUAGGAUAUUGUGAGGUGCAGCAUUUCAAUGUCCGCUUGCCUCCUGAGCAAGACCCCAGGGAAGUGGAUGCUUACUUGUGUGCUCAUCUCAUUUGGAUCAGUCUCACCGAGUUAAAAGUUAAAAUCCUGAAUGUGUUCUCAGGACCAAAGCCCAAGACUUUAUAGUUAACUUAAUUUGAACUGUUAAGUUCAUGUCAGGUUAGAAAUAAACUGUUUUUAUUCAAAUAUUCUAUCCUAAUAUAGCAUGGGAGUAAAUAUACUGAAAGUUAGACAACAGCAAUUGUAUUGCAGCAGACAUUUCUACAACAAAAUCUCAGUUAUUUCUUAGUAUAUUUUUGUAUUAUGUAUUUUAUAUUCUGGAAAAGGAACAUGGCUGAGAGUAUGCUUCCAAUGUUACAGGCUAUUUCCCUACCAUUAUCUGGUCCAAAUACUGCAUUGUAGGCCAAAUGGCCAGACUUAGGUUUUUUAAAUUUAUGUUCAACAUAAUCAUUGUUACUUUCUUGUAAACUGCCACUGUCCAAUGAAUUUGUAUUAUCUGACUGUGAAUAAAGAUAUGCCCAACAGAAAGAAGCCAGGAAAACACAACA